CCACGAUGACGAUAACCCCGUGAAGCCGACAAGAAGGUUACAAAGAUGGAUCAUGGAUAACUCAUCUUUAACUCUGAAAAGAGAGGUUAAAAGUUAAAACCCAACAAAACCCCAGGCAGCCAUCGUCACUGUUUCUGCUCUGCUAUUCUCUCCCUCAGAAAUGUCGACGAUGGUUGCCAUGAAAGCCGGUAUGAUACAUUGCCCUAACACCGCGUUUCGGUCGAAAAACCACAACAUGUCGGCGUAUCCGAUGGUGAGGAUGCGGACCCGCAUUCACCGUCUGAUCGAGGAACAAGGGAUCGUCCUCAUGCCGGGAUGCUACGACGCCCUGUCUGCUGCCAUCGUUCAGAAGACCGGGUUCAGUGCCGGUUUUAUCUCCGGCUAUGCCCUCUCUGCUUCUCGCCUCGGCAAACCCGACUUUGGCUUGCUAACGCCUCCAGAAAUGGCGGAAACGGCUCGGUUUGUCUGUGCCGCUGCUCCACUUAUACCGAUCAUCGCUGAUGCUGAUACGGGUGGUGGCAAUGCUCUCAAUGUUCAGAGGACUGUCCAGGACUUGAUUGCAGCUGGUGCUGCUGGUUGUUUUCUUGAGGAUCAAGCAUGGCCAAAGAAGUGUGGGCAUAUGCGUGGCAAACAGGUGAUACCUGCAGAGGAGCAUGCUGCGAAAAUAGCAUCUGCAAGAGAUGCUAUAGGGGAUUCUGACUUUUUUCUUGUGGCUCGAACUGAUGCUCGUGCAACAUCAUCCAAAACAGGUCUCUCAGAGGCCAUUUCACGAGCAAAUCUCUACAUGGAGGCAGGAGCUGAUGCCUGCUUUGUGGAGGCACCAAGGGACGAUAGCGAACUCAGGGAGAUUGGGCGUCAAACAAAGGGUUACAGGGUCUGCAACAUGCUUGAAGGGGGAGUCACUCCAUUGCACACACCGGAGGAACUUAAAGAAAUCGGCUUCCACCUCAUCGUGCAUCCCCUGACAACUCUUUAUGCAUCAGCUCGUGCAACCAUUGAUGUUCUCAAAGCUCUGAAGGAGACUGGGACAACCAGAGAUCGUCUUCACAAAAUGGCUACCUUUGAAGAGUUCAAUCAGUUGGUCAGCCUGGAGUCUUGGUUUGAUCUUGAAGCACGAUACUCAAAUUUCAAGGUGGGUGCUGCAGUGAAAUCAUGAUGCGGUCGGAUUCGUGUAGGGAUUUUAUGUUUUAAUUUGAACAGGGAUCUUUACAUUUCAACGACCUCAUACCUUCUAAGAGCUACUACAUUUGAGGUAGGAUGUAUUUUCAUCAAAGGCCAUUUGACUUCUUUCUCCUUUUUCCUUUUCGUUUCUUUUGAAGAA